GCCAGACAGCAUCAUCAACGGGUCUGUAGCCGAGCAUCCUUCCUCCACAACGAGAAGGAUCUUCUUCCUUUUUUUAUUUGUGCCUCCUGUUUUUUCUUUUCUUUUCUUUUUUUAAAUUCUCUCCAUCUCCGCCGCGUGGAAGCAGCGCGGAGGGAGCAGAAGCCAUAAGAUGAAGAAACGUUACGUGGACGCGAGCAGGCUGCGGAAAACGAAGAAAAUGAAAAUAACGGAGAGGCUGUCUGAGAGUGCUUACACCUUCCUGAAGUUUAUGAUGAUGUGGACGCUGGUGCUGCUGGCAGAUUUCAUGCUCGAAUUCAGACUUGAGUACUUGUGGCCAUGCUGGCUCUUCUUUGGGAGCGUGUACACCACGUUCCACUGCCACGGGCUGGUUAUUUGUGUGGUUUUUGUCUGUGCCGCCUUCACUCUGGACAUCUUUUGUUUAAUUUUUGUGCCUUUGCACUGGCUGUUCUUUGUGGCGAGCACUUAUGUGUUAUUCAAUUACAUAUGGCAUACAGAGAAGGGCAUCUGUAUAUCGACGGUGUCCUUGUGGAUUCUGCUCGUGUACACAGAGGCUUCGCUUCGACUCAAAGACCUUAAAUCCUCUCACGCCAACUUGUCUCAUUUUUUCGCUGCACACUGCAUUGGAUAUCCUGUAGUGUAUUUGGGGUUUGAUGCCACCUGCUACUUCACCAACAUCUUCAAGCUGCGCAUUCAGAAAGCUGUGCAGAGUGAGAAUGACUUCCACAUGCACCUCCUGCAGCAUUCGCUCCCUCCGGGCCUGCAGGUUUACCCCAAGACUGGCACGGACGGCGGCGGCGGCUCAAAAUGGAAGAUGAAGCCCGAGUCCACUCAGUAUCAGUGUCAGAACGGCACGGCAGUGACCCACGAUGAGGUGCACACGGCGGACUGCCUCCAGAUCCGCAGCGAGGAGCGAGCGACGGAGAAGGGAACGCAGGAGACGAGGCCUGCCGAGCCGAACCGGCAGCCGCUGACCUCCAAACCCGGCGAGCCCAGGGACCUGCUCCAAUGCGGGCCGGGGGGACCCGAGUCCCCCGCGGCCCCCGAAAACCUACCUCAAGACGAGCAAGGCGGCAAAGCCACGCGGACGGCUAAAAGCUCCUCGCCGAAAACCCGCGGAGGCGGCGCCAACACCCCUUCGCCGCCCGCGGCGAGGACGGAGAAGAAGCAGAGGUCCGGCUCCAGGACGUUCUGCCUCAACCAAGAGGCGGCGGAAAAGAGCGCCGCGGCCGCUUCGAAUCACCACGCCGAGCAGAUCAUCAAGCAGGAGCAGGAGCUGAGGAGGCUGCGCGGCGAGCUGCAGGUGAGCAGGCAGAGCGAGCAGGAGCUGCGAAGUCACAUCUGCAACCUGACCAACAGCGAGCGGAGCCUGAGACCAGAGGUGUCCCUGCUCCGGCAGUCCAACAUGCUGCUCCAGAGCAAGAUUCUGUGCCUGAGUAAAACCAAGCAGAGGGACAAACAGAGCAGCGCGAUGCUGGAGAAGAAGACCAGAGCGGAAACGGAGGCCAGACUCUUUGUGGAGAAGCAGUUGGCUGAGCUUCAGGCUCAGAAACUGGAGGAAGCAGCCGUCGCAGCACGAAGUCUCACCAACAGGCAGGAACACUGUGAAACCCAAAUGUUAAGGAAAAGAGUAAAAGAUCUAGAGACAGAGUACAAACAACUACAGCUGGAGUGUCAAGUGAAAGAGAGUCGUGUGCUAGAUCUAGAAAGUGAUGUUGAGGCUCUGGGAAAGUACCGCUGUGUGGAGAAAGAGACAGACAUGCUGCUGUCCACUCUGUCGGCCAUGCAGGAGAAGGCUCAACAUCUGGAGUACAACCUGAGCGCCGAGACUCGCAUCAAACUGGACCUGUUCUCCGCUCUGGGAGACGCACGCCGGCAGCUGGAGAUUGCUCAAGAUAAAGUGAUGAGGCAGGACCGGGAGAUCAGGCAGAUGAAGCAGAAGAUCGCGGAGGUGAUGGCCGUCAGUCCCACAGUGUCCUACAUGGCUCCUCGGCCUCCGGUCCCGCAGUAUCUCACCAAGCUACUCAACUCUGAGCGCUACAUGCUGAAUCCACGAGCUCUGAUGUACCAGUGUCUGAAGAAGUAAAGGACGACGGCGCCUUUCUCUGCUCCUCAGAACUUUAAGGUUCCCGGGGCGGAUCUGGGUCGCAGAGCUGAAACGCCCCCCCUCCCACAAAGUCAUCUACUUCCGGCCAUGAGUGGAACCAGAACCUCCACAAGUCGAAUGCCUUUUUUCUGCACUGACGGUGCUGACUUUACGUCGGGUGUGUUUCACUCCAAAAUAACAAAUCUGAUAUGCAGAGCUGCUCCUUAGGAUACAGCAAAAAAAAAAACACCACGGUCGGGAUCCAACAGAGAAAAAGCACAACAUUUACCUGCAAUUUACUUGCAAUUCAGACCCUGAAGAUUUGCCUAAAUAGAUGGUACCCGGAUGUGUAAGUUCAAAAUGUACUAGUAGAUAAGUCGUGCUUCACUGCGGACCCACUGAACAACCCACCAUAAAAGACCGGUUAACUCGCUACAACGUAUUUGCUUGCAUGACCGUAGAACCACACACAAAAAUCAUAUUUUCAAAGUUUAAGUAUUUUUCAUGUGGAUUUUGUGAAAACAUUAUUUGGAUUUCUUUCGGCUACAAUCAUCAGGAUGUUGAAUUAGAAUAUAAAUGUUAUAAUAUUAUUAAUGCCACUUUUCUUAUCGAUACUUUUUAUUGGUUCAGUUAUUUAUUGAUUUUCUCAUUGGUUAUUUUCCAUUACAAAAUUAAUUAUUUAAUACAUUAUUUAAAAAUACAAUAAAUUCAGAACGUGAUAGGAAUCACGAUUGGAUUGAUCAUAUCUAAAAUACAAAGAAAUGUUUCUAGGGCAGCAACAAAAUAACAAACAGCAAAGUCAGUUUAUAAACUCAACAAUCCCCUAAUCAAAACCCUACACGGGCUACGGUUAAAAUGUCUUAUUUUUAUUCUCGAUCACUGGCAGGAAUGGACCACCAAAAGUCCCAGCAGACAGAUGUGGAUGCCUCUGCUUUUCGUACGGUGACGAGUCAGAUUGUCUAUUGUGGUAAAAGUCUUUAAAUAGUUACGAUAUCACACUGCAACAGAUUUAGGCCCAAUCGCAUUGUUCAAAACCUCUGAAUGAAUAUCUCAAUAUGAAUCAUCAAUGAUCAUAAAUGAUAAUAAUGAAUUAACCCUAAAACCCUAAUUAUUGUGUUUAUGACCUUGUUUAUUUUGGGCACAAAAUAAACCUCAAAUACGAAUUUAAAGUCCAAAAAAUAUUCUAUUUACAAACAAAAAAACUUUCAUAUAGGUAUGAACUGACAUCAUCAAAACAAUGCAAAGUAUUUAUGGAAUAUAUGUCUGUGUGGUAAGAUCUAAAGUGUGUUUUUGGACCCUUGGUAGAGCUUCGGUUCACCGGCUGCUGUUUAUUGGCGAGGCUUCCUGGCAGCAGGCCGGGAGUUCAUGGCAACAACGAGCACUGGCGUUUAAUCGUCGCCGUGGGAAGACGCCGCUAGAGAAGCUGGCACUUAGCAGCAAUUAUCUCUCUUUGUUAAACUAACCGCUACAUCUGGCAGCUCCCGGCUGCGGGGGGACGGACCUCUGCAGAACAGAGGAAGUGGGACAAAAGCCCGCUGGAUGGUUUGUUCUUCACGUGCGAGUCAGAAGCGGGACUUGUGAGCAACGAGGAACGUGGUUCACAAAUUUAAUUACUGUGCCUAUAUACAUUACUUUCAAACGGGGAAGUAAAAACACAAAGUUAAUGUGAACGAGUAAUGUGUUUGAAUUGAAGUGCUAUGUACUGUUUUUGUAUUGUUUUUUUUUGGUUUUGUUUUUACUCUGUAAAACUUUACACUGUACAGAAUUGAAAGAAGAAAAAAAAACACGCAGCUGAAAAACACUCAUGAACUGGAUGUCGCCAUUUUUGGUAGCUUUUUAUUUUGAGUGUGUUUCUAGGGUGUUUUAUAUUAAAAUAUUUUUUAGUCUUGCUGUACCUUUAUUAUACCGCUGUAAUUUUGUACGGCAAUGUGUUUGUCAGCAUGAAAUGUGAUUAAUUCAACUGUCAUUUGAGCACACAUUGUGACUUUGUAUGUACAUGAAUUACUUGUACAAGGGCUACAGUUUCUUAACAUUUUGAACUAAUAAUGAAUUCAAACAGUGAUGCUCGGAGGGCACAGCUCAUGCUCCUGACACACCACGAUGGGUUUUUUUGUAUAAAUAAUUGAAACAAAUGAAUUUUGUCUCGAUUGGUUUCUGUCUUUUCAUUUUUUACUUCAUUUUUGACUUUUUCUUUCUGGGAAAACAUUCUAGUGGUUUUCUUACACUUACAUAAUGCUGGUUCAAGGUAGAGCUUUCAAUUCACAUAUGAUGCUGGAUAGUUUUAUAAUGCAACAUAUUGUAAUUGUUAUAUAUUUACACCCAAAUCUGAAUCGUUUACUACUACAGUAUUUCUCUGAAAUAUUUUAAAGAUGUAUUUAUUCAUCAGUCACAUGACAGGCUUGUCUCUUUGCUUUAGAGUCCUAGAAAGUGGAAAGUUUGAGAUUCUUGUGAAAAACGAAGCAGUAAUAGAAAGAAAAAAAAACUGAAAGCAGUUUUUUUUUUAUAUCCUAAUUGUACAGAAUUAAAAAGACCCACGUGGCUGAGAAACAUGA